CUCGCUCCUCUCUCUCGCGGACUCCGGCGGGUUUAUAUCUCGCGCGCUCGCAGGCACCCCGAGCCCACCCGCGCCCGUCCCCGUUGCCACAUUGCGUGAUUGCUCGCGUCCAUGGAAAUGGUAGAGUGCUCCCUGGCCGCCUCCCGCGCCGCGAGGCCCGUGCCCGGCCGGGUCCCGAGGUCCCCGGCGCCUGUUCUUGGUGUUGGCGCCGGGAGAGCCAGGCUCCGGGUGCGGUCCGAGAGGCGGGAGCAGCCUCCGCCGGUCAUCAGGGCUUCCGCGCCGCCGGAGCACGACGGAGGGGCGCUGGCGAAGGCGGCCGCGGGGCUCGCCGCCGCUGCCGUGGUGUCGCUGACCGGGUUCGCCGGGGACUUGGCCCCGCCGCCGGCGCUGGCCGAGUCGCUCACGGUCGCCUUCCCCGUCUCCAAGGCCCGAGAGGUGAACCGGGUGCAGAGGACGCUGGUGGAGGCAUGGGGUUUGAUCCGUGAGACCUUCGUCGAUCCCACCUUCAACCACCAAGACUGGGACCAGAAACUUCAGCAGACGAUGGUGGAGAUGUUCCCGCUGAAAUCGGCAGACGCCGCCUACGGCAAGAUCAGCGGGAUGGUGUCCACGCUAGGCGACCCCUUCACAAGGAUCAUCACCCCCAAGGAAUAUCAGAGUUUCAGGAUCGGAAGUGAUGGGAAUUUGCAAGGGGUUGGCAUAUUCAUAAACAGGGACCCUGCCUCAGGACGCUUGCUUGUUAUGAACUGCAUUGAGGGAGGCCCAGCGGACCGAGCAGGCAUACGUGAAGGCGAUGAGCUAGUUGAGAUCAACGGGAAUAGUGUUUUGGGGUUGGACGUGGAAGCUGUGGCUCAGAGACUUAGAGGUCGUGCUGGAACGACUGUGGAAGUAAAACUAUUGGAUGGUACUGGAAAUGAAAGGAGUGGUAGGAUAAAGGCAAAAGAGGUCCAGCUAUCUCGUGAGGUUAUCAAUCUUUCACCUCUAUCAACGGCAAUUAUCUCCCAUAGAUCGGGUGAUGGGCAUGAGGGCAAGACUGGGUAUGUUAGGUUAGCUGCAUUUUCUCAGACUGCUGCUGCUGAAAUGGAAAGGGCCAUUAAAAAGAUGGAAGAUCAAGGUGUCCAGUCAUAUAUUUUAGAUCUGCGGAAUAAUCCAGGUGGUUUAGUAACAGCUGGUCUUGAUGUGGCUCAAAUUUGGUUAGAUGGAGAUGAAACUCUAGUGAACACCGUUGACCGUGAGGGCAAUGUGCAAGCAAUAAAUAUGGUCCAAGGCCAAUCUUUAACACAUGAUCCUCUUGUGGUGCUUGUCAACGAAGAAAGUGCCAGUGCAAGCGAAAUUUUGGCUGGGGCAUUGCAUGACAAUGGCCGUGCUAUUCUGGUAGGCCACAAAACCUUCGGUAAAGGAAGAAUACAGAGUGUGACAGAGCUGGACGAUGGCUCUGCUCUAUUCAUCACGGUUGCAAAGUAUCUCUCUCCGGCGCUGCACGAAAUCGACCAUGUCGGGAUCCAACCCGACAUACAAUGCACCGCUGACGCGCUAUCCUUACCGAGGGCGCCUUCGCUCACCGGGAACAACGAGGCCGCGAGUUUAGAGAUGGACUCGUGCAUUAUGGUGGCGGAGCAAGCGCUGGAGAUUCAGCAAUCGAAGGGCUCCGCUUCGUAGAUGGUUUCUCACUGAUAGCCAGAACCGAGCCAUCAUAUGUUGGCUACAUGUACACUGUUGUAUCCUGCCUUGUAGUGUAUAUAUUCGUUAGUAUAGAUUGGAUCACUGGAUAGUGAUGUAGCAAUGUAUAGGCUGAUCCUAUGUCGUUAGAUUUGUAGGUGGUGGAGCAUGGGUUCAUGGGUCAUAUGACCGGAUCAACGUCGUUGAUUCGACAGCUGAUCAGGUUUUGGGAUUGUAACCUGUAUUGUUGUAUUACAGCACAUUGGCUGCCUGGCAUCAUUGUCAUUUAUUCUGGUA